GCUACAAUAACAUACAGUACCGAAGUUAAAAACUUCCAUAUAUAUAUAUAUAUAUAUAUCAAUAUUCUUACCUGCCAAUAAUGAUCCGAGUUUCUCUUAUUAUUUGCUGCAUUUUUAUGGCAUCCAUCCUCUUCGCCGCUAGAGCUGCUGAUGGGCAACCACAUGAUCAUGGCUCUCCAGAUGGCCCCCAUCCGAGGAAAAGACCGCCGCCGCCGGGGGUAGUUAGCAGUUGGAAUAACAGGAAGCUCUUUGCUCUGGACUGUGGCGUUAAAGGUGCGGCUUGUGGGAGUCCUUGGAUGACGUCAUCAACCUCACAAAAAGAACACACAACACAGCUAGCAGCUACCUAAAUAAAAGCUGCAAUUUUAUUAUUUUGUCAAGAAUAAUUAGACCUUUUUCUGUUAUCCUUCUUAUUAGUCACAAGUCUGGAGUUUAUCUUUCUUAUCUUGCUAUGUAAUUUCUUGUAUGGGAAAUAAUUUUUUAUCAAAUAGGUUCUAAGAGAAUGUUUGGUUUGAUUGAGGGAAAAAGAGAAGAGAAGUGAUUUUUUAUCAAUUAAAUUAUAGCAUUGGUU